AUGAUAUCAAGACGUCGUCGAGCACUAGCAGGAAGUGAUGAUGGAUCAAAAGGAUUUGCCAGUAUGGUUGAUGAUAUUGAGCCCGAACCUUUUGAGGAAAUGUACUCAAUCUUCCGUAUAGUGACACUUUAUGAAAUGCUGAUACAUGGACAAUGGAAGUUAUUUGUUCAUUAUUUGGAAACGAAAAAAACCGAAUUGGUUCUUGGAAUGUAUAUUGGAGCAGCUUUUGAACUGAUUCGAUUUGUUUGUGUUUUGGUGAUUGCAAUUGUUUUUAUUUUGAUGCGUAUAUCUGCAUUACUUCCACUUCAAAACGAGCAAAUAAUUGGAAAUAUAACCUGGGUUAUCUCAAUGAAUGCUCUCGCUUUCUGGACUGCACUCAUUCUUUGUGGAAUUAUUGUUGGCCAAUUUGCAGUUUAUCAAUGUCGAAAUCCGAAUUAUGUCGUCAUUUGUACAACAAUCAACUUCAUUUUUUCAGUUGUUCUCAUCGCUUCGAUAAUACAUUUGGCUAUUCUAAAACAUAAUAACGAUGAUUUCAUGAAAGAAGGAUUCCAUAAAAACCUUCUUUCAUCAGGCUCAAUGCGAGGUCUAAUGAAUUAUCAAGCGAGAGUCAAGUGUUGUGGAGUUGAGGGACCGAUGGAUUACAAUAGUGACCAUAUUCUGAGAUAUAGAAAUUCACUGACAAAUAAAACUGAAAUGAUUCGAGUGACUCGCGAAUUCUCUCUUGAUGACAAUCGUUUCUACAGUAUUCCGAUUUCUUGUUGCAAGAGAAGUGAUAAAACAAUCUGUUCGCAAAGAAAUCUGACAGUUGAAGAAACGGCAGAAGUGAGACAACUUGCAAACCAAGGACAAUGGGAAGCUAUGAGAAAAUAUUUUGUGAUGCCAGAACCAGGAUCGUAUUGGACAAAAGGAUGUUUGACUGAAUACGUGGAAUCGAUUGAUUCAUACGGAACUAUUCUCAUCUCAACCAUCGUUAUUUUCACAAUAUUCACAGCGUUGACUAUUGGAUUUGUGAUUGUUCUGCUACUUUACCACGAUGGAGUUGGACAUAUGGUUUCAGAACAAAAGAUGUUUGGAGUGGAACGAAACACUGGAGUUCACUUUUUGAUGAGUUUGGAUAUGAUAGACAGCGACUUCCAAGAUGAUUUCAGUUUGAUUGAAUUCCUUCGAAACUCUGAUAUUGACAAGUUCAUGGCUGGAGAUAAACUUCCAGGAACAUUGAAUGGAAGAAAAGAUGCUGAAAGAGCAUGA